AUGAUAAUGAAGACUUAUCAUCAGGGAGCUUCAUCUUCAGGUCCACACAGUAAGAGGAGGCUCUUCAUUGCAUCUGGUAUGCUCUCAAGAGGUAGCGACUCGUCUCUCAGCGGAUCAUCCUCUUCCCGAUGACGGCUUGUUCGUCGAUCAAUCGGAGAUCAUUUACUCGAUGGAUUCGUGAAUCCUUCAGCAAUUUUAGUAACAAUGUUUUGUGAAUCGCAUUGACGAGAUUUUCGCUAAUGAUCCAGCAAUUUUCGUUGCUUAAUCCUUCACCGGCGAUUUAUAGGAAAGUCACAAUAAUCAGAUAAAAAUAUAUGACUUUUGACUCUAGAAGGACUCGAACCCGCCCUAGUCACCCGCCUCUUCUGAGGAAGGUGUGACACGGGUUUAGUCCCACAUCAGUUGUGUGCCAAUUUUUCAAGUGAAUAUAUAGUAAUGUUAGAUUUCUAAGGCAAGUCCUUUCUCUCAUAUGUAUGACCACUCCUUGCCCCACAAUCGGCUGGCCACUAGUGGAGUGGAAGGGGAGUGGCACACACGUGCCCUUAUCGGUCCAAGCCGCUCGAGCCCCUACUUGCGGCUACUCCCCGACUGAGCUUCUGACCCACUUGUGGGCCUAGUUGGUUGGUAGGUCUUUCAUUUUAUAAUAUUUUUAUUUUUCUUUCUUGUUCUUUAUUUAUCUCGAAAGUAAGAUUGUAAAAAUCAUAUAAAAUCACAUAAUUAUCUAAAAAUUCACAUUAAUCAACUGAAAACCACUUUUCACACUUUAACAUAAAUAUAAGUCUAUUUCUCAUGAGUUAAGGCUAAAACUAUAUUAUUUAUUAAUUAUUAACUCAUGAUAAUAAAGACUUAUCAAUGUCUCUUAUCCUUACACUUGAAACAAGUGAUAUGGGCUUGGGACGCAACCGAAGCAUAGUCGGAUGCGUCGGCUAGUGGUGGACACAGGGGUGGUGCAGACCUUAUUGAUGUCGCUAGUAUAAUAUGUUUGUUCCCUACGCUAGUAUAUGUCGGUGCUAUCGUUAGUGUCUGUGCAGAUCACAUGAACACCAUCUUUGUGGUAAUCAGAGGUGGGGUGAACUAUGUGUCCUUAGCAAGUCACUCCAUAUGCUUUUCUAUGUGGUAGGCCUCGUCUACUUCAAACGCAUUGCCUUUCAACACCUCGUUCUGAAGCUGCAAACUAAGUCCAUAGGUGAAAAUGCCCAAAAUCACACGUGAGUCCUCAACAAAGCGACACCUCAUGCGGCAUUCCUCAAAAGCUUGAAUAUAGUCUUGGACGGGCGUCUUGCCCUAUCAAAGGUCUAACCAACUGAGGAAUAGCAUUGACUCGUACUGUCGAGGAACAUGUUUGUUCCUCAAGCGUGAUGUCAUAUCAAUUCAUGAUGUGAUGGGUUGCCCUCGUCAGUGUGCCACGUAACUCUUGUUUUUUGAAAGAUCUUAACUUGUCUACCAAGUCUCAUCUCUGCAUACUCCACACAUAAAUCAUCAUUCAUGUGAUACCAUCAAAAAUAGGAGUUCAUACUAGACUCCCAAUCAAUGAAGUCCUUGGGCUCACAGGAGCCAUCAAAGAUUGCCACAUCGACACGCACACUUUUUAGUAUGCGGGCCCUAUGAUCCUCACGUCGCCUGUCCUAAUCAUCCAAUCGAUCAGCCCUAUGGUCACCACCAAAGUCAUAUUGGGGAGGACUCGGGUAACGUCCUUGAUCGUAUUAACGAUCUUGGCAGGCAUCUUGGGGUGCUCAGUAAAAGUCUAGAGCACGCUGCUAGUCGCAGUAGGAAUCAUUACAAUUUCGUGGCUAGCGCUCUACUCGCCGAUUGAGCUCCUCUCGUUGAGAAGGGUCAGCUUUGUAACCCGGAAGGUCUCUCCUGUCUUGUCCCUAGUCACGUCUGUGGGGUCGAUAGUCCUUGUACUGGGGUUGAGGUGGUGGUGGUGGUGGACAUGGGAGAUCGUCCCCACGAGUAGGAUAGACCGGCUCGCGACGAUCAUAAGUAUCUUGUGGCCAACGACCGCCCAAUCGAUCAUGGCCAUUGUCAUGACAAGGUACUUUGCGGCAACAAAGAUUCCCUCGACAAUGAUCGUGAUCGAGGUACUGGUGAUCAUAUGGAUCACUAUAAGGGCUCACGGGCCGGCAGGGCUCGCAAUACUCCUAAUAUGCCUGUGUAAUAGGCGGUGCGACCGGAUACGUGACCAAUGGUGGAGCCGGUGGCAGUGGGCCAUGAGCUGCGGCUACGAAGGUAGCUCGCUCCAGACGCUCAAUAGUCUAGGCCAUGCUACAUAUGACAUCAUCUCGGAGGGAGUGCACUCCAUCCCUCGAAGGAUACCGAGGCGAAAGUUACCAUCGACCACCUCUACCAUGACCCCUAGUACUCUUCAGUGGAUAGUAGGGCAUGGAUUCCUUCUCAACUUAGCGGCUCACAACCGCGAGCGGCUGGGGCUGCCUUGAUGCCUCUUUGGCCGACAUAGGGCUCAAAGUCUCUCAAGGUCAAGAGGGGUCUGGUACCGAAUCCGUCAGUCUCGACAUAGAUGGUGGACUCGUGUCCACUCUAGCUACUUAGAGAGUGGCGGGAUCUGAGGCCUCACCCAAGUGCCGUGACGAUAGUGAACCUCCUCGAGCUCUGAUUGAGCGUGUCUCUAUCAUGGCUGGGUCCUAUGGGUGCCUAUAUGCCAAUGCAAUCCUAUAUAAAUGGUCUACUAGUGAUAUGGAAGUUUGGUGAGCAUCCUCAAGGGACUAAGAUUAGGUGGUAACCCAACUUGGCUCUUAUAUCAAUUUGAUGUAGGACAGGGCGAGAACCCUUGUACUUGAUCAAUGAAACUCAAGACCCAAGAUAGGGUAGUCGGACCGAUCCGGUCAAAAUGUAUGGACCCUAGAUUCUAGGUCUGACCACGUAACCUAAGUACAAGCAGGCAUACUAAUAUGUAUGAUCAAUCCAAGAUAACCUAGAGAAAUACUCGACAAUGGUAAGUGUGAGGACCUCUCGGUCUACAUCCAGACAGACAGCAAAACGAUUGUCGUGAAGUAGCCUAGGGCUGUAACUCACGAAUGGUGACGAGUCUAGCACGAUGUUGGAAGUCACGAUCCGAUAACCCAUCUUAUCCUAUCUACGUUCUCUUGGUAGUGGUGGAAACGAGCCGAGAAAACCCUUUGAAAGAUAAUUAAAAUUAAGAGGGAGGGGUACGGAGCUAACCUUUGGGGCUGCGUAGCCCAGCGGGUUGUGACGGAGUGGAGACUCAACAUAAGUAGAGACGUCUAGUGAAGAGAGAUGCUCAGCAUCGACGGUUGGUCUUGGUCGAGAGUCAUCAUAGUCGUCAUCGUAAGAUGUGGCACGAUCAAAUUAGGAGUGGGCCCACUGGUGGGUCGAAGGGCACGUUAGCAUACGCGCAUGGCGACAGCUCAUAGGGAGGCAGAGUGCUCGGUGACAGCUCAUAGGGAGGCAGAGUGCUCGGUGACAGCUCAUAGGGAGGCAACGCAAGCCACUUUCAUCACGAUGGCGUGACAGGGUUCUAGCUGAGGUGGCGGCGGCUGCAGCGGCAACCGCAACCAUUUCAUCCAGUGACGACAACGAUCUCACAUGAGGCAAUGAAGAUGUUUGGCAGCUCCGGUAGCAAUGUCACGAUGAACGAAGUCCUCAAGGUAUCAAUGGCCUUCCUCUCCCUCCUUCCCUCCCUAUCCUAGGUCACAAAGAAGGUAUCUCACAAAUGAUACUUUCUCACAAAAUUCAGCCCUCCUUUGAGGGGGGGUCCUACCUCCCCUUAUAUGGGGCCCACAAGUGGGCUAAGGGAAGGUGGGCCCACUUGAGGCCCUCAAGCUCAUAAGUCACAAAAAGGCUACAAAAGGGGCUUAUUGGGCCUCUAAAAGAGAGACCUAAUAAGCUCCCUUAAAAGGAGAAAGUGGAGGGCCCUUGUACGAUGCUUAAGUGGGCCUCAAAUGAAGACCCAAAUAAGCCUCAAAAGAAGCCCAAAAGGAAAGAAGCAUAGGUCCCCCUCCCUUAGGGUUUUAAUUGGGCCUCAAAAAGAGAAACCCAAUAAAACCCUAAAGAAAGGGAGACACAAACAACAACACACAUAGAAUUGGGCCUGCUAACACACAAAUGCGAGGCCCAACAAGUCAACAUGAAAAUACAAAGAAAGAUAAGGGUGAGCUCGAGCUCAUUGUCAUCACGGAGGUGAAAUGUUGUCAUCUCAAAGGGCUAGGCUGUGUAGCGAAAACCAGGCUCCUUCGUCUUCGCAUGUCAAUCGAGCUAAACUCGGACUGUCAAUGUCUCCUGAGCUGAUGGAGAUGGGUCUCACUUGUCAUCAAGGUGGGGUGCAUGUCAAGAAGCUUUAUCCUUAGAUCUGUGUAGUAAGAGGAGGCUCGUCAUCACAUCUGGUAUGCUUUCAAGAAAUGUUGACUCAUCUCCCGACAGAUCAUUCUCUUCCUAACAAUAGCUUGUUCAUCGAUUAAUCGAAGAUGAUUUACUUGAUGAAUUCAUGAUCUUUUUAUCACGAAUCAUUCAACAAUUUUAGUAAAAUGCUCCACAAAUUAUGUCGAUGAGAUUUUCACUGAUGAUCAAAUAAUUCUGACAGCUUAAUCCUUCACCAGUGAUUUGUAGGAAAGUCAUGAUUUAAUCAAAUAAAAAUGUAAGUUUUAGCUCUGGUAGGAUUUGAACUUGCGUCGGUCACUCGUCUAUAUGAGAGAGAGGGAAAUAAGUUCUCGAAUAUCCUUAUAUUGUCAUGUCAUCAUACUAUCUCGUAAUUAUAAAUAAGGGGUAGUUUAGGUACUAAAAUCAUCAAAACAUUCCAAGGAAGGUGUGACCACCGAUUUAGUCCCACAUCGAUUAUACACCAAAUGUUGAGAUGGAUAUAUGGUAAUGUGAGAUUUGAGAAUCAAUGAGUCCCUCUCUCGUGUGUGUACAACCACUCCUUGUCCCACCCACUAAUUGGCCACCGAUGAUGUGGAAGGGGAGUGACGCACAUGUGCCCCCAUUAGUCCAUACCCGCUUGACCCCCUACUCAUGACUUCACCCCAACUGUGCUUUUGACCUAUUUGUAGGCCUACUUGGCUGGUGAGUCCCCUUUUUUUCUUUUUUUCUUUUUUUUCUUUAUUUAUUUCAAUAAUAGGAUUAUAAAAAAUUUAUAAAUUUACAAAAAAUCAAAUAAUUAGCCAAAAAAUUAUAUUAAUCAACUAAAAAUCACUUUUCACAAUUUAACAUAAAUAUAAGUUUAUUUAUCAUGAGCUAAGAUUAAAACUAAUGAAGAUUUAUUACACCUCCCAACUUAAAUCAUUAAUAGUCACUUCACAAUAGAAUUAUGAAAAUUAAUAAAAAUUCACAAAUCUCAAACAUCAUAUUUUAAUGCAUGAAAAAUACAACUAAAAAUGAUGUACAUCUAGACACUUUAGACUCUUAUAUCAAGUAUUUAAGAAUGAUGUCAAACACUUAAAUGUUCAAGUAUUCUUUAGAAUAACAAUUUAGAAUUUACUUUUUCUAUUCAUAUUAUUAUCACUUCUUUAUUCAUAGAUAUAAUUCACAAAAUAUUUCAAUAAUCAAUAUUGAUCCAAGAAUAAUAUUGAUCCCACAUUUCUCUUUUUUCAUAGCUUGAUUUUUGAAGUUUGUAUUAUAUUCUUUAUACUUUUUUCUAUAGUAGAUGAGUACCUUUUCCUGUAAAUAAAUUUCGACAAUAAGAAUGAUGUCUCACACCCUCCAUGUGUACUCUUCAUUUUCAAGGCUUUUACUUUAUCUACUUAUUUUUUAGCAAGUGUUUUUUAUGCACGAUUUUCGACAAUAAAAAUGAUGUCUCACACCCUCUAUGUGUACUCUUCGUUUCUAGAUUUUUCACAUUACUUUCUCUUUUUUAAAAAAAUAAGUGAUUUCUCCUCAAAAGUCCUAUAGAUCAGAGUACAAAAAAUUUCCAUUAAACUCAAAUGAUCAAUCAAAUUUUCACAUCAAGGAAAUACUAUCCAUCAAGAUCAUGACGUAAAAAUCUAUAAAAUCAAAUCCAUAUUAUCUAUCAUGUAUCCAAGGAGUAUUCUAACAUUUUGUGCUAUUAAAUCAUCAUUUAACUCAAUAAUAAUCUUCCUAAUAUCUUUUGGUAUCAAUCAAUCUAAUUGAUUUAAUUUUUCGUACAUGCAAUAUGAUGUAAGAAAUUUGUAAAGUAGAUAGUUCAGACAACUUUACUUUUUAUUUUCAGUUUUAUUUUUAGCAACAAUAAAUUUGUCAAAAAAAAUCAAAUUAUCAUCUUUAUAGUUGUAAUUUCAAAUUUCAGCAAUAUAUGUCUAGGGGAUUGAAAUGUGAGAAAAGGGUCUCUAGAAUUUUAAAUUUUGGGUUGUUUUUUCUCUGUUGUUUUUGAGAGUCUAUUGUUCCUAAUAGAAAAUCAAAAAAUAGAUGUUAUAGUUUUUCUGAAUUUUCUUUUUUUAGUUGUUGUUCUAAGUGAGCAUGAAAAAAAUACAAACACAUGUUCUUAAUUGUCCUACAACAUAAAUUAAGAAUUAAUACUUCACCCCCCAACUUAAAAAUGACAUUAUCCUCAAUGACACAAAAAAAUCAGAACAUAAUAUGUAAAAAAUAUAAUGUUCAAGUGAAGCAUGCAUAUAUGCAAGGUUAAGUACUAAAAAUAUUGCCAUAAAUGAUAAAGCUCAAAAAGACAUCACCUUAACCUCAUUUUUAAUUUUUCACUUCAUCUUACACUCCUCUUGUACUUUUUUGAAAGAAAAUAAAUAUAAAAACAAGUACUGAAAAAUUCUAAGAAAAACAAAGUUUAAAAAAAACAAAAUAAAAUAAAGACCAUGGGUUACCUCCCGUGUAGUGUUGAAUUUAAUAUCUCUAGUUGGACACAUUAAUCUUACUCUUGAAUUUCUUUUAAUAAUAAAAUUUCUUUUUUUGGAAGGUGUUCAUGUUCUAUAUAAUGUUUAAGUUUUUGUCUAUUUAUCUUAAAGUUAUGAUUACUUUUAGGAUCUUUAAUAAUUACAAUCUUGUGAUUAUAUGUCUCUUCCACCACAUAAGGCCCUGUCCAUUUUGAUUUUAAUUUGUAUGGAAAUAAUUUCAGCCUAGAAUCAUAUAAUCACAUUUUUUGUCCAACAUCAAAAAAAAAUUACAAAUAUAUUUAUCAUGAAAAUUUUUAGUUUUAUAUAUAUAUAUAUAUAUAUAUAUAUUCUAUGAUUUUCAUAAGCUUCAUUCCUCAACUCCUCUAGUUCAUGUAAUUGAAAAAUUCUAUCCACCAGUUGGUUUUUCAUUCAUAUAUAAAUUUUUUAUAGCUUAUAAUACUUUAUGCUCUAUUUUCACAAAAAGAUGACAUGGCUUUCCAAAAAUGAGACAAUGGGGACAUACCUAUGAGAUUUUUAUAACUUGUUCUAUAAGCUCAUAAUACAUCUUGUAAUUUCAUGGGCUAAUCUUUCCUAUUUGGUCUAACUAUUUUUCUCAAAAUUCUCUAAAUUAACCUAUUUUCUACUUCAACUUACUCAUUUGUUUGGGAAUGAUAUGGAGUGGCUACUUUAUGAUGUACUUUAUUCUUUUUCAACAGUUCUUUAAAAUUUUUAUUUCUAAAAUGUGUUCCUCCAUCAUUAAUAAUCACUCUAGGACAUCCAAAUCUUGAAAAAAUAUUGUCCUACACAAAUUUUAUCAUGAUUUUAUGAUCAUUAGUUCUAAUAAAAAUAGCUUCCACCCACUUAGACACAUAAUCAACAUCAAGCAAAAUAUAUUCAUAUUUUUCAACUAAUGGGAAGAGACUUGAUAAGUCUUCAUUAUCAAGAGUUAAUAAUUAUUAAAUAAUGUAGUUUUAGCCUUAACUCAUGAUAAAUAAACAUAUUUAUGUUAAAAUGUGGAAAGUGGUUUUCAGUUGAUUAAUGUGAAUUUUUAGAUAAUUAUGUAAUUUUACACAAAUUUAUAUGAUUUUUAUAAUAUUACUUUUGAGAUAAAUAAAGAAAAAGAAAUAAAAAAUAAAAAUAAGAUAAAAUGAGGGGGACUCGCUAGUCAGCUAGGCCCACAAGUGGGUCGGAAGCUUGGUCAAAAAAAUUAACUCUUGUUUUAUUUUUUUUCUUACUGAAAUUUUUUUUAGAAAAAAAGAACGAAAAGAAGCAAGGCAAGGACUAAAGUAUCUUGAAGGAGGGUAACAAUUACUAAACUUUUCCCUCUAAUUUAUUGAUUUUUUAUACAUGGUAGAAGAUCCUCGCAUCCAAGGCUAGAAAAUCCUUUCAUUAUUUGAUUCAAAAUUGAAAAUUCAAAAGAAAAAUAAAUUCUGAUAGAUCUUGAAAGAAAUACAGGUCAAACUGAGAGUAAUCAUAUGGCCAUGAAAAAUCAUUAUAUCUCCUAUUCAUUUCAAAGAGCAUCUAAUAUUACAGUCCCAUUAGUACCCACUAUUAAAUUCAAAAUAAAUCUACGAAUUUUUCAAAUGCUCCCUAAUUUUCAUGGAUUGCCUUUAGAGGAACCUUAUCAGCAUUUAGAAAAAUUUCAUAUGGUCUGUGAUUUAGUUAAUCUCUUUCAAGUUACACUAGAAAUUAUUAAGAUGAAAUUAUUCCCUCAUACACUUAGGGACAAAGCUAGUCAUUGGCUAUCCACAUUAGAUAGAGAAUUAACUAGUUGGAAAGAUAUAGAACAUGCUUUUUUUCAAAAAAAUUAUCCUUUAGAAAAAACUCAAAAUAUGAGAAAAUAUCUAUAAAAUUUUUCUCAAAGACUAGGAAAAACUUUACAUGAGACAUGGGAAACAUUCAAAGAUUUACUUAAAAAGUGUCCUCAUCAUGCUAUACCAAAGUGGCAACUCAAUAGAAUUUUUUAUCAUGGAUUAUUAGAACAACAUAAAAAUAUGGUUGAUUCUAUAUGUGGAGGAGCUUUUAUGGAGAAAACUCUUGAUGAGAUUUACAGUCUUUAUGAGAAUUUAAGUAAAAAUUCUAGAGAUCAAGCCUCUUUUGAAUUAUAUGACAAGGAUAAGAAGAGAGGAAUUCAUGAAUUACAUCAUGAUAAUGAAUCUAAAUUUAGAAAUAAGGUUAAUUAGAUUAAUCAAAUAUUAAAAACAUUUGAUUUACUUAUUCAUAAUAUUAAAAAGCCUCUUAACCUUUAAUUUAAUUUAAAUAGUACAAGUCCUAUGUAUGGUGAAAAUGAUCAUUUUGAAUUUCAAUAUUAUCAUAGGCAAGAACAAGUGCAGGUACCUCACGAUUUUAAUAAAAAUAGAGAAUAUUUUUUUAAUUCUUAUAAUUCUAAUUAGGGGAAUAAUUUUUCAUAGAGAAACCUAAAUAAUAUUCAAAAUCUAGAAGCACUUAGAUCCAAUUCACAUUUUGAAUUUUGUCCAAAACAAGAACAUAGAUUUUAGAAAAAUUAGUCCUCUCAAAUCCAACUUGAUGCUAUGAAAAUGAUGCAACAAAUGGGCCAAAUGAUGCAACAAACUAUGAAUCAAAUGAUGCUACACUAGAAACAAAUUAUAGAAGCUCUUGAGAAUAAGAGAAAAGAGGGACAGCCACCUAAUCAGCCCAUAGAAAAUUCAAGAAACUAUCUAACAAUAGGAUUUCAGCAAGGAGAGUCUAGCCAGAUAAAUUUUUAAAAAACCCCACGAAAUGAAAAUAUUAGGACAACGAAUACAUUGAGUAAGAAUAUUUUACCUGAUCCUUAUUUCUAAUUAUUAGAAGAAAUCGAUGAGCCAUUAGAAGUAAAUGAGAAUAUUAAGACCAAAAAUAUAGUAGCAAAAAAUUUAAAUAAAAUAAUUUAUUGCUCACAAUUGAUGAAUGAAUAUAGUGAGGAUGAUGAGGAGAAAGGGUCCUUAGAUAAAAAAACAGAAGCUAAUCAUGAAAAAAUCAUCUAAAUUUUAGUAGAAGGGAGUAAAGACAGAAAUAAAGAAAAACAUAUUUCAGGUGACGAAAAAUCAAUUAAUUUGGGAGAUGUAGGAGACGAAAUUAAUAAAUCUAAUCAUAAUUUUGCAGCGAUAGAUGUUGAUAGUGAGGAUGAUGAUGUAUAUCAUAUACUGAAAUUAAAAGAUAGCUCUUGGGAAGAUGAAGAAUUUGAUGAGUUGAGAAACAAAAAGCUAGAAAAAGAGUUGAUUCAACUAAUAGGGAGAAACAAAAAUAAUGGAUAUGAAUAUAGAGAUAAUUUUGGAGGAGAAAAUUUGAAUUUUACUGAAUUCAGUAGAUUUGAGAUUAAAGAAGACAAUCCUUCCAUCUUUCAAAACCCACAGCCCAUUAGAAUUAUUUCUAAGCGUGAAAUAUUUCACUCUUCCCAAAUUGAACAAACAUGUAUGGAAGAUAAAAUAGAGCAAGGGAAGAUUAUGUAGAUAAAACAAGACAUUAAGAAAUGGAUGAAUGGAAGAAUUAGAGAUAUCAAUUUAGAUGAAAAAAAUUUACAUUGGGUAAGAGCUAAUUCGAAAAUUAUAUGGCCUGAUCACAUUUUAUGGUCUAUUAAUAGAAAGUAUUUAUUAAUGAAUAAGAGCCUUAUAAAAUAAUAUAGAAAUAAGGAAAGAUUUUUUUCAAAAUAGAAAUAUUAUUUUUAGGAAAUUUUUGUUAAUUUCUAUUUUGUUUUGAUUGAAAGUAUGUCAAGGUAUAUAUAUGAAGUAUAUGAAUUUAUGCUAAAUCUGAAAAAGAAUAUCAUGAAACUUACCUUGGGAUACAAAUAUAUUUUGAUGGUCAUAGAUCAUUGACGUGACUCAGUCGUUGUAUGUUAAAUCACGCAAAUUUAAAAUUUAUAAAACUAGAAAAUACGAAUUUUCAGAUAUUUAGAAGUAUUUCAAAAUAAAUAGAUCAAUUAUAAUUCAAUAAAAAUCUCAAAAAUAGUGGUAAUUUUCCAGUCAAUCACAGGGAUGUAAUAUAAUAUCUGGUAAUUAUUCAGAAUUUUUCUCAAUGAGUAUAAUUUUCUUACGAAUUUUAUACUAGGAAAUAAAAAGGAAAUAUAUUUAAAAUUCACAAAAAAAAGGAAAUAAGGGUGCGGACGUCAGGAUGACGUUAGCGCCCGGCGAACGCGAAUCAGGCGGAAACAGAGUUCCGCCUGGCGAUUCUUACGUAGACGAUUACAGACGACUCAAUUAAUCAAAUUAAGAUCUGUAAAAGCCGGAAGAAUCGUAAUUGAACGAAGUAUAAUUUGGUAAAUAAAAAUCAACAAAGUAUCACUAAAUGAAGCGUAAAUUAAAUUGAAAGUAGGAAAACAGAGUUCCGGCGUCGCGACGGCGAUGCGUCGGCGAUGCACCGGAAUCCUGAGCGUUCGGGAGGAUCGUCGUGCAGUGUCCACGGCCUCGAAGGCUCUCCUUGGACAAAGACGACUUGGGCAAUCUCUAGAUAAAGCAUGAAAACAGAGUUCCAGCGUCGCGACGGCGACGCGUCGGCGAUGCACCGGAAUCCUGAGCGUUCGGGAGGGUCGUCGUGCAGUGUCCACGGCCUCGAAGGCUCUCCUUGGACAAAGACGACGUGGGCAAUCUCUAGAUAAAGCAGGAAAACAGAGUUCUGGCGUUGCGACGGCGACGCGUCGGCGAUGCACCGGAAUCCUGAGCGUUUGGGAGGGUCGUCGUGCAGUGUCCACGGCCUCGAAGGCUCUCCUUGGACAAAGACGACGUGGGCAAUCUCUAGAUCUUCUCGCGAAGUCUAGAGACCAAUGAAGUGGGUCAUCGAAUCGUCUCCGGCGGCUGUCACCCGGCGGAGCGGAAAAACGGCGACUUUGCGGCUCUCCGGCGGCUGUCACCCGAGGGAGAGGAGCUAGAUGGAGGUGGGGCGCGUGUUAGGGAGCUUCAUCCUCAGGUCCGCGCAGCAAGAGGAGGCUCUUCAUCGCAUCUGGUACGCUCUCAGGAGGUGGCGACUGGUCUCCCGGCGGAUCGUCCUCUUCCCGACGACGGCUUGUUCGUCGAUCAAUCGGAGAUGA